AUGUCUGUUGAUAUCAACAACGUUGAUCCAACACGCAUAUUAGUCGGCAUUCCUUAUCUCAAUACUGUCUUUCAUUUUAUCGUGAGUAAUGAUGGAGCCAAAUUGACACUGUCCAGCCAAGCAGAUAAUGGAAAUGGUGUUGGCUUUGGCAAAGGUGUUGCUUGGCUAGGAUCUGAUCAAGCUGCUAUUCUUGCCAGUAAAUACAAGUCC